AGCAGCAUUUUCCAGUAUUUGAGCCAAGCAAAAACAGGGUUCACUCCAUUUCCGCUGUUUGGCUCUAGAAAUGGCUGCAACCAAGGCUUUUCUUGUUUAUGAAUCAUCUUUCGAGUGAAAUCCUCAGUUCUCCACCACCUCACAACUGCAUUCAGUUCUCCAUUCCCAUACGCAAAUGGGUUCUUUCAACACCUGCAACAUCAAACUCGAGAAGGAAAACUCAAUCAAGAAACAUAGCCAGCUUCAGAAGUUAGCAAACUUGUUCAGGUUCAUAGAAAUAUGUCUUGUUCUGGCUUUGAUUUCCAGGUUUUCUGUUCGACUCCCAGUUGCUGUCAAGAACUCUAGUGAAUAUUUCAAGGACAUAACAGUCAUACUUGUAAGCCCUCGUUUCGUGUUCAUCCUCGGAAAUGCCAUAGUCAUCACUCUCUUUGCAAAAUCAGGUCAGUUUUCAGGUCAAGAUCGUACUGGAAAGAAUUCAAAAACAGAUAUUUAUGAAGAGUUUGUUGAAAAGAGUGAAAGAAUUCAUGGCAUGCACCGAUAUGAGUCUGGAUACAAAGAAAAACAGAGCUCCUCUGUUGAAUACAUAGUCACUGAAGCAACUUGUACUUCUGUGGAAAGCAAGAAUUAUCAGAGGAGUCAAUCAGAGAAAUUAGACCGAGCUACUCAUAACAAGUGUUGCCGAGAACUGAGGCGAUCAGCGACUGAGAAAUGUACGAAAAGUAUUGAUUCUGGAGAGGGAUGGGUGAAAAUUUCAUAUCCUGAGGAUAGUAUGAGCAGUGAGGAGUUCAGGUGCAAAGUGGAGGCUUUCAUUGCUAGGCAAAAGAGGUUCAGAAAAGAUGAGGAGAACUCUAUAUAUUAGAGUAAUUGGGGUGUCAAUAUAAGCAAAUUCAAGUCCUUUUUCCCCCAAAAUUCUAUUACUGCUAGUGAUAAUGGGGUGUUUGUACAUUGCUAAAUCAUUAAUGCAAUGUAAAUUUACCUGUCAAGCUUGAUUUUCUCCCCUUAAACCACAUGUUUGAAGCUGCUUUUUUUUUUUUUCAUUUUCCUUUUUUCCCCCUACUUUUGAAGCAAAGGACUGAUUUUUGUAACUUUUCCAGCAAUGGAAAAUAGAUGCUAGAGACAAAUUGAUGGCAAUAAAAUUUUCUAGAGAAUAGAAUUCUGA